CGUAAAUGAUAUCUUCCUGAAAUUUUGCAUGAUGUAAAGUGAAAUAACUUUGGUUGAUUAUUUCCUUCUAUACAUUGCAAAGUAUGUGAAUUAUUGGGGGAAAAAAAUGGAUGAGCAAAUCAUCGGGUUCGUAAUUCACCAAAGGUUUUCGUCUGCUAGGUCGAGGCCUCAUUACGUCACCUACGUAAGAGGUUAGUUUGUGUAUAAAACGACCUCUGGCGGAAGUUUGCUGCUAGGUUCAACCCGACAUUCAGCUGAGAGGAGCAAUGGUGAUCAAAGGCCCUUUUCUUCUUCUUUCCAUCCUUCCUUUUGUGUUCACAGUAUGUAAUGUCAAAGACUUGACUCACAGGGCGUAUGCUGAUGUUCCGCAUUGGGAUGAUGCAGUACUACUCAGAGAAACCCCAUCAAUGUUACCUAUUGUACCGUGGACUAGAAUCGUCACCUUUGCAGAGAACAUGCGUAAAGACCUCAAAAGAGAUAUAAAAAGGCUUAAUGCAGUCGAAACAGUUCCAUUUACAAAGACGUUUAUUAAUGACGAAUUCCUAUCUUGGACGCUCGACUUCGCCGAUUUCUGCAGGGCAUUUGAUUUGGUGAAAUCUUACCAGAACGUAUUUCAUAAUCCGGACACCCAUUUCCUGAGGGAUUGCUUAAAAGUUGGCCACAUCUAUUCAUAUUAUUACGAUGAAGAACUCAAGAGGUUGCAGUCCUUGCGGGUAAAAGAAUGUAUAGAAGAGGGUUUCCGUGAAGUGAAGCUUCUUGUUGAUAUGAUAUUAACAGCAAAAGCUUACAGCGCACGAAAUUCAAUUGCAUUGAUGCUUCAAAUGAUUGGGGAAGUUGCAGCAGAAAUAGAAGCAUUAUACCUACUCCUUAAUCGCUUUAAGGAAUGUGGUGGUUUUGCAGUUCCAAGACUGUUUGGCUAAAAGAACCAUGCAACAUUGAAAAUGAUUUAUUGAAGAAGAAAAAACAUGCAAUAUUGAAAAUAAAUGAUUUAUUGAAAGAACCAUGCAAUACUGAAAAUGAUUUAUUGAAAGAAAAAAAAAACCCAAAACCUGCAAUAUUGAAAAUAAAUGAUUUAUUGAAAGAAC